GGACACAGGUAGGGAUGUGUCACUGAGGAUCAUCACAUCUGAGAUACCAUCAUUGUUAGUUGUGUCUUAUUUUAUGAGUUCCCUCAACAAAAGAAAACACACACAAAAAAAGCACCACCACCACCAACAAAAAAACCCAAAAAGUGUGUCUACACACACAGUGGAACAUGGUGGUAGCGCAGACUCGUAGCCUAGCUACUCAGGAGGCCAAUGCAGGACGAUUGCAAGUCCAUGGCCUGUUUAGUUAACAGUAAGUUCAAAGACAGCCUGGGCAAAUUAGAUCCGUCUCAGAAGAAGGAAGAGUUUACACCUAAGGUAGCACAGUUGCCUAGCGUGCACAAGGCCCCAGAGUUAUAGACUUUGAUGUUCGGAAUUAUUGGGACAACUACUUUGAAAGAUACAGAGAAAAGGGGUUGUGGGACUGUGCCAGGCAUAGUGGUAGUUUAUGCCUGCAGUUCCAGCCCUGGGGGCUGAAGACAGGAGAACCAGGAGGUCAUGGCUGGCCUUGACUACACGGUGAUUUUGAGGCCAGCCUGUCUUUAAACACAAAUAGCAAAAAAACCUAAAAUGUACUGUGGAGUUGAUGGACUGAGGGACAUACGGCUGGGGCACUGAGACACUUGUAACAGAAGAAAAGCAGGGCUAGGAAGUCUUGGGCAUGGAGCUCGGGUGGCCUUGCCCGACCUCUGUCCCUGCUGUCGUCCUAGUGGGAGCCUAGGGUGUAGAGGCCUGGAUACUGCAUGAUUCUUGUGUGGUAGGGUUCUUUCCCUGGCUGCUCACUCACAAUGGAUACCCUUUGUUAGACUCCACCCCAUUUACCUGGACUGCUGGGCAGUAGUCUAUGAUCUCAGAGACCCUGCAGUGUGUUAAAGUUUGUAGACAUCCAUGGUACUUCUGCAGACUCUGCCAUUAUUAGUCCAUUGUCCCCGCUUUGGUGCUGGAUCCCAGCACAUUCAGCCUUUUUAGAGACCCUGCUCGCUUGGUAUCAUAUUACUUCAUUCCUCGCCAGGAAAUAUGCUCAGGUUUCUCUGCUUCACCAAACAUAAAGCCUGCUGCCAGCAAGGCUGGAGCACCCAGUCAGAGGGCGUUGGAGGAUGUGACCACCAGAGCCUGAGGCAGCAUGGGUAGGAGAGGCAGCCGAGAGUGGUGGCCUGGGGGACAGGCACUACUGAGCAGCAAUGACAGAAAAAGGAUGCUUGGUGUCUGGAACUAAGACUGGGGUUAGCCCCGAGCGCUGCCCUGCUGUGUCCUGUCUGUCGCCAUCACACCUCAGAGGGCUUUCCUUGUGCUUGAUGUCCUGGACUGGCAGUAGAGGUGGGGAGCCAUGUUCAGGGAGAGCUCUUAGAGGAGCUGACGUGAUGCUGUUGAGGUGUCCGCCCAUCUGAAAAGUUAAUGACGGCUCACUGACCAUAGAAGAGCCUUUGGGAAAGCCUGGUGUGGCAUGUUUGGGACUGUCUGGGUCUCCUUCCUCUUCACAUUUGGGGUUGCCCUACCUGGACCAAGGCCAGGCUUAGAACUAACCUUGUAUGACUGGUUUUCUCGUCUUGGACUGUGUGUCCUCAGGUGGUUAAUUAUGAGAUUCUGACCCUAAACAUAGAUACCCUACCCACUCAGCAGCAAAAAUCCUCUGGCCUAUAAAGAGGUUGCACCCCAGGUUCUGGUCACUGGGUCGGACCAGGCCUGGCUGCUCCCUCCAUGGAUGUCUUCCUCCUGGUCUGCUUUGUUUUUGGUUCUCUAGAGUUCCUGGGGUCACUGGUCAAAUGUCCCUGAGCUCAGGAAAGCUGGCUUUCUCAUGGUGCAGUUCCCACGGGCAGCGGGGAAGCCGAGUCUUAGGCUUUGCAGAAGAAUGCACUGAGUCCUAGUAGCCCUCGGGGGCAGAGCUGGGGUCUGCUGUGCUCUCCUAUGCAAGGUCUGCAGACUGAAGACAGGAGUGGGUGCGAGAUGGGGCUGAGCGCAUGGCCUCAGUGGCUGAAUUAAGCAGUGUGUGGCCUGUUGUGCCCUUCAUGUCCUGACUGACACUGACCCCCAUAGUUGUUCAAGAUUGCUUGACUGACACUGACCCCCCAUAGCUGUUCAGGAUUGCUUGGAGCCACUGACAACUCAAGCCUAAGGGUCCCCAUGGACUCAGGGCCACAGAGGUUGUUGCUUUUUCUGCUGGAAGGGUGACAUCUCCAGUGCUUUGGGUUUCUGUUUUAUAGGCCGCAGGAUUCAGCAGCCAAGCACCAGGACCAGACACCCAGCGAUGACCAGCUCGCCUGUCUCCAGAGUCGUCUACAACGGCAAGAGGAACAGCAGUCCCCGCUCCCCCACCAACAGCAGCGAGAUCUUCACGCCAGCACACGAGGAGAAUGUGCGCUUCAUUUACGAAGCCUGGCAGGGUGUUGAACGAGACCUGCGCAGCCAGCUGUCUGGUGGAGAGCGGGGCCUAGUGGAGGAGUAUGUGGAGAAGGUUCCCAACCCCAGCCUGAAGACCUUCAAGCCCAUUGACCUGAGUGACCUGAAGCGCCGGAACACGCAGGAUGCCAAGAAGUCCUAGAGUGCCUGGCGCCCCUCCCCUGGCCUCCGGAAGAUCAGGGUGCACUUGAUGUUGGUUUCCUCUGCUCCUGGGGGUGGGGUGGGGGUGCUCUAGUGGGCUGUAAUCCCCAGAGCCAGCAGGAUUGGUGACCAAGGCCCCUCCUUUCCUCUCCAGGGUCUCAAGUUGCCCCUGUCACUGGGGGAACAGGGGUCUGGCUAUGUCAGCCCUUGUCCCUUUCCCUGCCAGCUGCAUCUUGGGUAGCACCUGGCCCUGCCUACCCAGCCCUCUCUGCUGUUACCUGCCAUGCCUCGCGCCUCUCCUUCCUGGCCACCGAUGGCCAGAAAGGAAAAAAGGGACCUCUCUUCGGCUGUUGGGACCUCGAAUGACCAGAAAUCAGGACUGUGCAAUCCCACCUGCAUCCAGUGUGGCUCUCUCCGUGGAGCCUGGAUGUUUGGGGAGCUCCCCUCAUCCCCACUGUCCGUCUUGCCCCUCUCUUGCCUCAGUUUCAGAGUGGAAUCAGCUCUGAGCCGAGGACAGUGCUGGCUCCUGAAGGGGCCUCUGGCGACCAGACCUGGUCUCCUGGUACCUGUAGCCCUGUGGCCCAGCAGUGCCCUUGAGCAGGGGCACUAAGGCUGACCUUGAAGGAGUGGUGCUGCCAGGCUUGUCCUGGCUUUCUGGGGUGUACUGGGAGGAUCACCAAGGCCCCCUUUUUUGUGCCCUCUUGAAUCCAGGUGUCUGUGUUGGAGACUGAGGGUCUGUGAAUAAAGGCUGGUGGCACUGGA